CGCGCGCGUUGGUUGACGCUAUCACUCUCGAAGUUGCUACUGAGAGGAGCAGUCGCAAUUGACAACGGUCGUUCGACAGCUCCUUUGAUCGUUCAGUGCCGUUCAGUUCUCCUCAAGAGCAGAGAUGUUUGUCAAUCUGGUGCUCUUGAUUCUCAUAGCCCUGAUAGCUUUCUAUAUCUAUCUGACAAAAAAUUAUAGAUAUUGGCAGUAUCGUGGAAUACCUUCCGCGGAUGGCGCAUUGCCGGGCGUUGGUCACUUCUGGGAUGCCUUCAUCUUAAGGACCUCCUUCUCCGACUGCUGUCACAAGAUCUACAAGAAAAAUCAGGAUCGCAGCAUGGUGGGAGUCUACAACUUCAUGUCGCCGACAUUGAUGGUUCUCGAGCCAGAGCUGGUGAAGACGGUGCUCCAGACGAAUUUUACAAGCUUCCACGAGAAUGGCCUCAAGAUCAAUCCCGAGCUGGACCCUCUUCUGGCGAACAAUCCCUUCUUCUGCUACGGUGAGAAGUGGAUGACCGGGAGAAAGCGUUUGACUUACGCGUUCUCUAGUAUGCGAUUGAAAAUCCUGCUCGAAAGUGUCAAGCGAGUGUGCGAGGAGUUCGAGGGCUACCUGAAUAAGAAGCUGAGCAAAACCGGGAAAGUAGAGCUGGAGCUAAAGGACUUGUUCGCCAGGUUCACCGCGCAGGUGGUAAGUUCCGCUGGCUUUGGCGUGGACGGAAUGUGCUUCGACGAUAAGAGGGAGAAAGAGUCGUUCUACGCAAUAGGCAAAUCCUUCCUCGCGCCAACCGCUUGGAACAACAUUGUUUUCACGCUCGUAUUUUUUAUUCCGUCGUUAGCAAACAUCUUAAAAUUGAGAUUCUUACCAAAGAAGGCCGAUCGUUUUUUCAAAGAAAUAAUUGCGAAUGUUAUUGAACAAAGGAGAAAGGAGAGUACACCUAGAAACGACUUUCUCCAGUUGAUGGUGGAUCUGGAACGGUCAGAGGGUGACACAUUUGACCUGGAGGUCCUCACGUCCCACGCGGUGUCGUUUUUCAUCGACGGCUACGAAACUUCCAGCACCGUUUUAAGCUUCAUCGGCUUUAACUUGGCCGCGAAUCCAAAAGUGCAGGAGAAGCUACGCGAGGAGGUGAUGUCGGUGCUUAACAAACACGACGGUAAAAUCACUUAUGAAGGUUUGAGGGAGAUGACGUACAUGGAUCAGGUAUUGAGCGAAUCGCAGAGGAUCGUACCCACGCUGGGAUUCCUGAAUAAGGUUUGCACGGACGAGACCGAAUUGCGAGGGUCCGAUGGACUCAUUUGUCGCGUGGAACGUGGAAUGCACAUCCUGAUACCCACCUGCGGCUUACACGACGACUCUCGAUACUGGGAAGAUCCUAAAGUGUUCGAUCCCGACAGAUUUGCCCCGGAAAGGAAACAGAGCCUCGAGAGAUUUGCCUAUCUUCCUUUCGGCGAAGGACCGCGACUGUGCGUGGGGAUGAGAAUGGCGCAGUUACAGAUAAAAGCAUGCUUGGCCACGUUCCUGAAGAAGUACACCUUAGAGCUUUCCCCGAGGAUGCAAUUACCAUUAAAGAUGACUGCUUCGACCUUCCUGGCCGCCGCGGAGGGCGGUCUUUGGGGCAUCGUCCGGCCUAUUUAACCAGCGAUAUUUGUUUUUCCCGCAGAUCUUUUUUCCGCUUUCAUUUACUAUUUUUACAAUUAUAUAGAUUUUUGUAACUAUUUUGUUAAUUUUUG